AUGCAAUCGCCAACCAAGAUUAAUCAAGCAAUUGAAGUUGUGCAAUCCCACUUAGACUUUCCUAGAGCAGAUUUUAAAACUGUUAUAAACAGAAUCAAUCAACGCUUCUGCAAUAACCAAUUAACGGAAAGCUCAAUUACAUCAGAAAACAUAAUUGCAAAACUUGAACAAUUAAAAUCAACCAUCCCUCCUUCAAAUCCCAUAAAUACUAACACGUUAGAAGAAGCAUUCAGCUCUAAGGAGUUUUAUGAAGAGGCCUGUGAAUUUUACAUUCUUAUGACUGCUUUAUGUAUUUCUUCAUCUUCCCUCACAAUUAUUCCUCAGUUUUCCGAGUUUGAGACGGCUAUUGUUGACGAGUUGGUAGGCAAGUGUUUAUUACAUUUAAAUCAACUUUUAAAGAAAUUACCAAAACAAGUUGUAGACUCAAAUCGUCAAUCUUUUCCAGAAUACCUCUUAGUUUUUGAUGAACCCGACGUGCUACUUAACAAUUUCUUUUAUGAUGAAAAAUUUCUAACUUCAACAAGUUUGUUUCGAACUUUCCGAGCUUCGUUGGUAAAUAUCGGUCAUGAUAUAAAAAUAUUCAGCAUAUUCCUUGGUGCAAACUCCAAAAUUUUAGAAUACACCCCACUGGCAGUUUCGGAUCCAUCGUUACUUGCAGUCUCUCAAAACAACUUGACCCUUUGUACCAAAUACCAUAUAUUUUCGAUAUCUUUAAAAACCAAAUUAUAUCUCUCCUUGAUGCUGAACGAUGCUGAUGAGAUUGCUACCGAAAUCUUAAUUAUAGAAACUCUAAAAAAGCUAUGCCAAAAGAAUGGUAGCUGGAACACUUAUGAGAUUAUUGUCAAAAAGUUUUUAAAAGCAUUAUCAAUAAACUCGAAACCUUUAGAAGAUUCAAUCCUUAAUGGAAUUCUUCAUAUUAUUCAAUUCGAUCGUUUAUAUUGUUCAUUGAAACCUUUAGUUUUAUUGGAAUUCAAGUUAAAAAUUGUCAAAAUAAAGCUCCAAAAGAGGAAAACAAAUUUUCUUCAUAAUUUUAAAAGUUAUUGCUCAUUUCAUCAGUUUUCCACUUUGCCAUUGGGUCCUUGGCUAAAUUUAAGAAACAGUUAUAGCCCAGCAUUUCUAAUUGAUUUCAUCAAUGAAAAUAUUAAUGAAGGAAAUUUACCCAAACAUAUAUUAGUCUCAAAACCCCGGAAAUAUUCAACAAUUGUAAUCAACGGUUUUCGAAGCUUUAAUAUUGAUAAUGAUCUUCUAGAUACAAUUAAUGUUUAUUUGAAUAACAAAGAAAUAUCUAGACCCCCAACUAUUGCCAAGGAUAUUUUAACAAUGUUUCGACAAGCCGAAGAGGCCAGGGAUCUUCCAGGAAAAUGCAAAUUUGAUUAA